AUGGAAAUUGGGCUUGUUACGGCCCCCAGACUCAAGGCGAAUCUGAUGUUCCUCGCCAUCUCGCCUACCCUUGAUACGCGCAAUCUGGAUCGCGAACCGUCCGUCCACUUUUUGUCACUUUUGGGCUCUUGCUCAAGAAGGAGUCCAGACGACUGCCAGCCCUUUCGCACCGCGAAAUUGAGCCGAAUAUCGAACGCUGGUGCCGUGAUGAUUGAGAAUCCGACCAAGACAGACCUGAAGCCAGUACUUCCAACACUAGUUAGUGCUAUGGGCACCGUCUCGGCUUCUGGCACCUCGCUCUGGCCCCACCGGUCCCGAAGGUCCUCCCACAUUCCCGACGUGCCGACUUUCUCGAGUCUCGCCGCCUCGCACACGCCGCAGUGGGCUAAUGUCAGUUAA